GCUUACUGAAGGUUGUCCGACCUGUUGGUCUCUUCCCUAGUAAAUAUCUUUACAUUCUGAGAGCAUAAAUAAUUAACUAGGACAUAAGUACAUUUUUUUGAUUGCAUUAUCGAGUUCUGUGAAGGUGAGAGGCUAGAUGCUGUUAAGGACGUUUACUGAAGAGGAAUCUAAACUUAUACGGAUAUAUAAAGAUAUCUUUGAAGUCGAGAGGAAAAUCAAAAUAAGUUCAAGUGAUCAUCACCAGACUAAAGAUGAUCUUGGCUUCAGUCAACUACAAAUAUCUAAAUAUAUUGGCCCUCUUUCUUUUCCUGUUCAUCUUAUCCUUUGUAUGGAAACGAGCAAAUAUCGCCUCUGGGGUGUCAACAAAUAUUCAAAAGUUGAUUUGUCAAGGAAAAGAGAACCAAAAUGAGACAGCAGUUAAAAGCCCAACUCCCCCAAAGAAACAUGAGGAGGACAUUAUUGUCCUCAUUUGGAAGUGGCCCUGGGGAUAUCAAUCUCCUUUAGAUAAGUGUCAUGAAUAUGGUAUAUUUGGAUGCAAGUUGACAGUAGAUAGAAGUCUAUAUGGUGUUGCCGAUGCUGUCCUCAUUCAUCACGCAGAUAUUAUGUAUGACAAAAACUCUUUGCCCCAAGAGCCAAAACCUAAUUUUCAGCGUUGGAUCUGGUACAAUAUGGAACCACCACGGAUUAUCCAGAACUUGAAAAUGUUAGAUAACCUAUUCAACAUGACCAUGACCUUCCGGCGCGAUUCAGAUAUACAUUGUCCAUAUGGUCAGAUGGAGCCAUUAAAAAAGAGAGGGCAAAACUUUACCAUUCCAAAAAAAUCCAAGCUGGUCUCUUGGGUCGUCAGUAAGUGGUACCCUGGUGCCCCCCGCAUUGCAUAUUAUGAGGAGCUAAAGAAUCACAUCACUAUUGAUGUAUAUGGAGCAAAGCACAAGAAACUAAGCUGGGAUGAUUUCUUUGCCACCAUAUCUCAGUACAAGUUCUACCUCGCCUUUGAGAAUUCAGUCUACAAGGAUUAUAUCACCGAGAAGUUGUGGUCCAAUGCUUUUGGAUCAUGGGCGGUUCCAGUUGUGUUGGGAACAUCUCGGAAGAACUAUGAACGUUUUGUCCCUGGAGAUGCCUUCAUUCACGUCGAUGAUUUCCCAAGUCCUAAGGAAUUGGCAGCCUAUCUUCUAGAGUUGGACAAGGACGAUGAGAAGUACAGGAAGUUUUUCAACUGGAGAUUUCAAUAUCGUGUUGCUUUUAAUAGAGGACCAUCAUAUGGCUACUGCAAAAUAUGUGCAAUCAUCAGAGAAAGUCCCGUUUACCAGGUCCUUCACAGUGUGGAAAAGUGGUUUCUGGAAGAUGUGUAACUUUUGACCUGGAAAGUUGAAAACAGAUAUCUCUACUGUCUCUACUCUAACAUGAGUAGGUUGAAAUUAAAGGACCCCAUAAAGAUAAAGGACAUGUGAAACUAAUCGAAGUGGAAGGAAUCCCUUAAAGGAGCUACAGUAUCAGUGGAUGAGUACUGGUGCUACUCAGUGUUAUAUCAGCUGUUGUGGUGGUUCAGAAGCUCUCGGUCACUAGGUCAUGACUCUAUAUUAUUCUUUUAAUUGAUGUACGAGUGUUAAUUACAGUUUCACAAUCAGAAAAUAAAAUUUCACAAUGGAAUGAGGAGUGAAUAUAAUUAAAGUGAAGGGUAACUGUAUUGUGGCCAUUUUCUCUCAU